UAUUCUUUCAGUGUUCUUCAGUGUUCUCAAUCCUAUUUGGUUUCGAUAGUGAUGGUUGUAUUGCUACGGACAGAUCAUGUCCGGCUUUUCGUCUUCAUUGUAGUGCUAAUGACAGACGGUGAAGGUAAACUAACCACGACUAGCAAAACCAAGUGGCGAUCGUUCGUGAACUUGAAAAAUGUGUGGACUAAAACGAAGGUGACGAUACCUAAACAGGAUUCUCGACAUACUAACCCUGAGUCUUCCAUGACAACAGUUGAAAUCAUCUCUAGUCGGGGAUAUCCGGUGGAAACUCACACCGUAGUUACGGAUGACGGCUAUAUUCUUGAAAUUCACAGAAUACCGCAUGGCAAAGGCCAGCAGGCAAAUUCGAACGUCCCGCUCGGUAAACCCGUUUUCCUGCAGCACGGUUUCGCUAGCAGCAGCGCUGAUUGGGUCAUCAGUCCUUCUGAUCGAUCACUCGCAUUUCGUUUAGCGGAUUUGGGUUUCGAUGUAUGGCUUGGCAAUGCAAGGGGGAAUGUUUAUUCACGUAAACAUAGCAGUCUCGACCCAUCAGGCGAAGCCUACUGGAGAUUUUCGUGGGACGAAAUGGGCAAAUUCGACAUUCCGUCGGAGAUAAACUACAUUUUGACUAAAACGGGAAAAACGAAAUUGAGCUAUGUUGGGCAUUCGAUGGGUUGUGCCAUAUUUUUCGUAGCCAUGAUCAGUCACCCGGAGCUAAACGAGAAAAUCGAAGUGAUGAUGGCCUUGGCGCCGGCAACAAGUUUAGCCAACAUGAGAAGUCCCAUCCGCUAUUUUGCGCCCUUUGUCGUGCCACUUGAACUUCUCCUGAGGCUAUUGCAAACACGCGUUUUUAUGACGCCAGAUGAUUUGGUCACGAGGCUUCAGGACAGGUUUUGUCGGGAAGAAGACCAUCACGUAACAUUGUUUUGCCGAAACCCUGUCUUUGCAGUGGUAGACGAUGACCUGCAAAAUAUUUCUCCGGAUUUGUGGCCUGUUAUGGACAGUCAUGUCCCCGCAGGUACUUCAGUUCGCACGGCGACGCAGUUUGCCCAAAAUUACAACUCAGGUCAAACUUUUAUACCUUACAAUUACGGUUGGCUGCGUAACAUGCAAAAGUACGGUGGGCGAUCGACGCCGCCACCGUACGAUCUGAGUAAAGUCACGUGUCCCGUCUACAUUUUCUAUGGAGAAAACGAUCUGCUCACCGUUCCUAAAGAUGUGGCAUGGUUGGCUGGGAAGUUGAGCAACUUGAAACAAUCGAUACGAGUAGACCAUGACAAGUACAAUCACUUUGACUUUUUAUGGGCUACGGACAACAACGCUAUUCUGUACGACCCAAUCAUAUCCCGCUUGCCGUCAGCACUGUGAUUUGCAGUGUUUACCUGUGUGAUCCAGCGUACCGAUAGUGAAGAUACAUCGGCGCUAAUCUUCGUUUCCAUAUUCGUUUCGUUUAGAGAUCUGCUAUGAUUGAAUUAUUUACUGUGCGGCAAUGUAUCGGAAAGCCGAAUGAAUCAUUCGAGAAUUAUUAUUUAUUUAUUAAACAAAUACUGGGUGAACGAUGCCAUGCACAAAGAUAUCUUGAAAACAUGAUAUUUAAUAAAUACUAAGUUAAAAUUGACUCCAUUUGCAUAGAUAAACGUUGAGCUUUA